CCCACCGAGUUCUCUCCCUCGCUCCCUCUCUCGCUUCGGGAAACCGCUUACCGCUCUCUCUGCUCCCUCCCAAAACCACUCAUCGAUGUAAUGGGAAGCGGUUUCUCACGCCUCGUCGUUCCAUCCUGCUUCAAAACCGCCCCGGAAAACCACCAUCCGGACCUCAUCUUCUCCUCGUCCGAGCCCUGGGACGAAACUCUCGGCCAUUCGUUCUGCUACGUGCGCUCCUCUUCUCCUUCUCACUCCUCCCGCCGCUUCCUCUCCCCUUCCCAUUCUCUCCGCCUCUCCGAAACCGCCUUGAAAACCAGAACUGCCCCGUCCUCCGAAACUGCCUUCAAGUCCAUCUCCGGCGCCUCCGUCGGCGCCAACACCUCCACCCCGAGAACCAUCCUCCAACCCGACGUUAUUUACCAGAAUGCCACUGACCCCCUCGCCAGGCUCAAUUCCAGCGGCUUCGAGAGCAGCGCCUCCUUCAGCUCCCUCCCUCUACAGCCUGUCCCGCGCCUCUGCGCCCCAUCGGAUGCCUCCGGCCCGCUUGAUCGCGGGUUCUUCAUGUCUGGCCCGAUCGAGCGAGGUGCACUCUCGGGACCACUCGAUGUCGCCACUGGCGGCGACAUCCACUUCUCUGCUCCACUCGGUGGCGUUUAUGUAAAAAAUAGGAAGAAGAAGGGUUUCCCUGGUGGCAGUGUCCGGAAGGCUCUGUCCCGGAGUUUUUCGGAGAAGAAGCGGCCAUGGGUCGUCCCUGUCCUUAAUUUUGUCGGGCGGAGGGAUUCUACUGCUGCAGCGGAAGCAUCUGAUCUGGAAGCGAACAGCGAGAAUGUUCAGUGGGCCCAUGGGAAGGCCGGGGAGGAUCGGGUCCACGUCGUUGUGUCGGAAGAUCACGGAUGGCUCUUUGUCGGGAUCUAUGACGGAUUCAAUGGCCCGGAUGCUCCUGAAUUCCUCAUGGGCCACCUCUACCGGGCUGUCUUCAAUGAGCUCGAGGGGCUCUUUUGGGAAACCAUCGAAGAAGACAGUUCUUCGGUGCUUACGCAGGAAGAGGACAACAGGAUUUUGGAAAAUGCAGUGGUUGUGGAUGAAAGAAACCUGUCGCGGGAUAUUGCCGAUGGAGAACAAGAUUGUUGUAAUAAGACGGGAGAUGACAGUGUUGAAUUCUCAGAAUGCAGUAAAGACUUGUCUCCGCCACCUUUGAGUUGUGGGUCAGUUAAAAGAGUGACGUUUGAGUCUGAGCAGAAGAUGGAUUCGAGAAGAGGGAAAACGCUUUGGGAAUUCCUUGCAGAAGUUGACGAGGAUGAAGGAUUGGAUCUUUCGGGUUCGGAUCGUUUCUCGUUCUCAAUCAAUAAUUUGUUCCGUGUGAAGAAUGGUUCUUCCGUCGCAAGUAGACGAUCAGUGCUGUUUUCGAAGCUGAAAUUCGGGGCUAGUAGGGAGAAGGAAAGUCAAAGGAAGUUGUUUCCAUGUAGAUUUGAUUGGGAGGAGAAAGAGAAGAUCGAAGUGGACAAUAGAGUUGAGGAGAAAUUGCAGCGGAGUCUUAGGAGAUGUAAAGUUGGUCCUGCUGAUCAUGACUCGGUUUUGAGUGCUCUCUCAAGGGCGCUCGAUAUUACUGAGGUCUCAUAUCUUGAGAUGACGGACAAGGUUCUUGAUCGGAAUCCGGAGCUGGCAUUGAUGGGUUCGUGUUUAUUGGUUGUGUUGAUGAAGGACGAGGAUGUAUAUGUAAUGAAUGUGGGCGAUAGUCGUGCAAUUGUGGCACAAUAUAAGCCACAACCGAUUGGGUCUUGUUCAGAGCUGAAGGGACAAGGAAAAGAUGGUCUGGAGUCAGAGGGUAUUGUUGAAGAAUCUGGUGGUCUUCGAGAUGGUGCGGAACCUGUGGAGGUUGAGCAAACUGAUGAAAUAAUGAAGCUGACAGCAUUGCAACUGUCCAUGGAUCACAGCACGAGCAUCGAAGAAGAGGUUUUGAGAAUCAAGGCAGAACACCCGGAUGACUGUCAAUGUAUCGUCAAUGAUAGGGUGAAAGGACGUCUUAAGGUCACUCGAGCAUUUGGAGCUGGAUUUCUUAAACAGCCCAAAUGGAAUAACACGUUGCUGGAAAUGUUUCGGAAUGAGUAUAUUGGUACAGCACCAUACAUAACCUGUUCUCCUUCUCUCUGCCACCAUAAACUUGGUCCAAAUGACCAGUUUUUAGUACUCUCAUCUGAUGGCCUCUAUCAGUAUCUGAGCAAUCAGGAAGUGGUUUCUCAUGUUGAAAAUUUCAUGGAGAAGUUUCCAGAUGGAGACCCUGCACAACAUUUGAUUGAGGAGCUUCUUUUUCGUGCAGCCAGGAAAGCUGGUAAUGAAUGGAUUUCCAUGAAUUAUUGGACAUACCACAAGGAGACCGCAGAAAGUACCACGAUGAUGUUACAGUAAUGGUCAUAUCGCUGGAAGGAAGAAUUUGGAAAUCCUCGGGGAAGUAUGUGUGAAGCGCUCCAGACAGCUGGCUGCAUUUGUAGCAGUUUCUUAUGCAUACAAGUGACUGCAGCUCAUUGCCGAAGAAAUCUCAAAACCGAGUGGAAGGUCAUGGGCUGUCUCUUCUUCAUGUGACAAGUCUCACUGGCUGAUUUUUCGUGGGUCUCACAAGGAUUCUUUUGUUUUGCCCAUAGGACAAUCAAUGGACAAUGGUGGUUGCAUGUGAGAAACACCUGGAGGGAACUGGUGGCUAUUUGGUAGAGGCUGGGGUUCAACACACACUAAGGUUGCUUCUUCAGCAACCAGAUGCAAAGACUUGUUCGGGGAUUGGAAAAUGGGGAAAGCAGAUGAUUUGUUGUGAACUUCGUUGGGGAGAGGUUUACCUCUGUGGUUGGCAGUGCACAGGAGUGGAGGUUCAUUGUCACAUGGUUUUCUAUUUUCUCCUUUCUUUCUUUUUUUCCCUGCAGAGGAAAAAGGGUUUUUCAGGGGGAAAAACUAGGGCGAUCUUGUUCAAUUCAACUUUUGUUGUAAGCGAGCAUCUGUAAUCUGUAGGUGGUGUCUCACCAAAGAAUUCUAUAAAGGUGGAAUUUUUUUUUUCGAGGAACUUGUUCAUUUCUUCA